UCCACGUGCCCUUGCCCGGGCUCCGGCGGGGACUGCAGCUGCAGGCAGCCGCGGCGUCGGGGGCCGGGAUUUCUGCCAGGGGGUGGCUCCAGGCUGGGCUAGCAGGCCGAGGCGGGGAGGGGGCGCAACGCGCGGCGUCUCGACUGGAGGCGGCAGCGACAGAUCAGGCGAGCCCGUCCCGUCUGUGCGUCCGGCUGUCUGCGCCAUGGAACCUGAGCCUGUGGAAGAAUGUGUCCAGAGUACACUGGCCGCCUUGUACCCUCCUUUCGAAGCCACUGCCCCCACCCUUCUGAGCCAGGUCUUCGAAGUGCUGGAGCGGACGUACCAACACGAUGCGUUGCGCUACACCCUUGACUUCCUUGUUCCUGCCAAGCACAUCUUGGCACGCAUCCAGAGUGAAGCCUGUGCUCAGUAUAGUGGCUUUGUCUUUUGCCAUGAGGGUUGGCCUCUGUGCCUUCAUGAAAAAGUCCUGGUCCAGUUGGGCUCCUUGCCGUGGCAACGCCUGUGUCCCGGGGAUUUCUAUUUGCAAGUGGUGCCUCACCGGGAAUGUGCUCCUCGCCUAGUCCUGAAAUGCCUCUCCCUGGAGGGCCGUGGGGUUCAGGAGUUCCCUGUGUCCCCAGACUCCUACCGAUUCCUGUUCACCAUUGAAUGGCUGAAUGGCAUUAACAAAGAACGUCGGGUAGGGCGCCUGGAACGCUGCUUGCUGGCAGCUGGGGAAAAAGUGCUGAGCCUGCCCUGGGCUGAGCUAGUGUAUCCCCAGUUUGUGCACAAAGAUGGAUUUAUUGUGGGGCAGCGUUGCCCUACAGAUUUGACUCCUGAGGUACUGGGGGCAAGGAGUCCUGGUGACGGACGUCAUUCUGGUGGAGAGAACAGAGAGUCUGAGGGGGAGUACGUUCACCUCCUGGAGGUCAGCCCCACCUUGCAUCAAGCACCCAGAAUUCCACAACCUUGCAGUGCCCAGAUUCAGACAAUGCCUGCUCGCAAGGGACAUAGCAAAAAUAGGAGCCGGCGCCACCGGGCCUGGCUCCAUCAUAAGUCAGGCUGCGGGGAGAACUUUGCUUUGCGACAGGCUUGCAAAACUGAGGAGGCAGAGAAGUCUAGCCAAGAGAAGGGGAACCAAGAUGAGAAGGUAGAUCAGGUGAGACAAAAUCCUAGCCCAGCUUUGGGUUUAGUCUUAGAAACUUCUAGAGUUGUUGGGAACUUGAAUCCUAAGCAACUAGAGGAAAACCUAGAUCCCAUUGAAACAAAGACAUCACCUGCAAUUUUGAGUGAUAAUGAUGGUGUCACUGGAGACACAGUUCUGGGCAAAGAAGAAUUGCCUGAAUCCAUUCACCGAGAUCCAUCUGCUCCUAAGGAGGACAGCAAUUCUCCAGCUUUAGCAACACCAAAACGCACCAGCAAGGGAAACCGGCGGAAAAAGAAAGGUGCUGGGAGAGGAGCUGGUGGUCGGAUUAAAUUGGGGACGGAUUUUGUUAACCAAGAAUCAGGAGCUUCUGAUAUUAAAACAAGUGCUGAAAAGGAGGAGGCCUGCGCCGGUCCAGGAGAACAGGAUUCCAGGACUGGAAGUGUUCAUGUUAGUACCGGAGAGCCAGCCAGCAUCAAAGAAUCAUGUGUUGAUACCACAGAUUGUGAUGACACCCAAGAGAAAGGUAGAAUCACAGGAAACGAAAGCCUUGAAACUGGAGGGGAGGGAGCCAGCAACAAAGACUUGGCUGUCAGCGCUGAAGACUGUACUGUUAGUGCUACAGAGCCAGAGAGUACAGGAAAAUGUAGCAUUGGUGUAGGAGGUAAUGAAGGCAGCUCUGGAGAAGGAAGCACUGAAGGUCCAAGACCUAACACUGAAGAGCCAAAUGCUAAACCCGACGCUAGUGAACCAAGAAUUGGCACUGAGGAGGUGAGCAUCCCAGAAAAAGAGGUGGAUGGUUCUGAAGACCAAUGUGUGGUGGACCAGGGUCUUGACAUCAAAGAACCAGUGCUUACUGACUUGCCAAGCAAGAAUGAUCUAGCAAGUAUUGAUGGGAGAGAAGAGGCAGUAAGCAUAGCAGCUGAUCAGGGCCCAGGAGAAACACAAAAUUCCCUUUUACCCAGAGUGGCUCGCCUUGGGGAAUCUGUAAACUGGAAUAUUCUGCAGUCAGGAGUUUUUGCUCUGACAGGAGGAACAGACAAGACAGGCCAUUCCUUGCUGACCAUAGCGCCCCAGCCUCUUCAAGAUGAGUUGCCUCCAGGACAAGAGGAUCUGGUCAACACCUUAAGAUACAUGCAUUCACUUCUCAGGCAAGAGCUAAAGACACUUGGACUGACGGUGCUGUUGGACCUAAGUCAUGUGGACGAUUGGGCCUUCCAGGCUCCUGUAUUGCUGCCAGCUCUAAGGGCAUUCCAGGAGAGUGCACCAACCCCUAUCAGUCAGCUCCUGGUGAUCUUACCUUCUGAUGAUCGUUUUGUACCUCAUGAAGAGGAAUUGACCUUAGAACCUGCUGUG